AUGGCCUCUGAAAUUGUUUUCCUGAAAGAUGAGAAGCUCCGAAUGCUUGCGCAGCUCAUUCGCAACCAUGAAGCUAACAACAUACAGAAUAUUAUAUUCGAGUCCAUAGGCAAGCAAUUUGAAUACCUCAGGAUGUGCAACUCUAAUCAGGAAUCCGUCAAUACCGUCCUAGAUGAGUGCAAUGCAAUGGUGAGUAAGUAUAAGGAUGACGAAAUUCGAGGUCCCAUUUCUGGUCUCAUCCUUGUUUAUAUAGAAAACUGCCUCAACAAUGCACUUCAGCUCAUCAGGAACUACACUCUGCGAAGGACCUACCUUGACAAAUUGAUCGCGCAUGACCUGGAACUUUUCCAAGCACUGGAUGGGUUGGACACUUCAAAUCUCACUGAAGUUGCUGAUUUCACGGAACAAAUUCAGCAAUACGACCAAAAAGUUAUCAGCUACAUGAAGUUGAGUGUCAACACUCAUGCUUCACAAGAAUUCUCAAGAUAUCUCAGGAAUUCCGGCAUCGGCUUCGACAACCUAGUCCGAAGUUACCAGACGAGGCUUGGGUUUACCGGACCGUUUAAGGACUUGAAAGAUGAACAAAAGCUAGAGGUGUAUGAUGCAAUAAUCGAGGCAUCGGGUAGGCUAAGCGUACUGGAUGACAAAGGCUUAAAGGCUCUAUCAUAUGGGAAAGAUACUCGGAGCAUUAAGGAUUAUGGUCAAAAAGGCAUGUUCCUGAUGAAAGUAGGAAUCAUAAUUUGGGACAUAUAUUCAUCGGACCAGCCAAUCCAAACGGCAACACGAGAGGCCAUGGUGCAAGCAGCAAAAAAAGGAGGUGCAACGCUAGGAAAGAUUGUGGGAGCUGCAGCGGCAACCCAAUUAGUAGGCGUUCAAGCAACUACAUUGUUCGUUGCUGCGCUUGGACUUGCUGGAGGAGUUGUGGGAGGUUUUAUUUUUGGAGCUGCUGCUGGCCUUUUGUUUGAUCUGAUUUUCGGCUCCGGAGGGGAAGCCGUCCUUCCUACUGAUGGCUUAAUAUUCUACGUAGCGCCCAUGCCUAAUGGCAAGGAUUUGGCCAAACAAAUUGCCCACAUAUAA